AUGUUCAAUCUCACCCGAUCAGAACACCUUGACCUUUCCUGUAACAGUUUCAUUGGUACCCUGCCAUCUCAUCUGGGGAGUCUCACAAAUUUAGAAUUUCUGGAUCUUAGCCGAAAUCGGUUAACCAGUCCAAUCCCUCCGUCUUUUGGUUCCAUGAUCAAACUCAAAUUCCUAGACUUGAGCAUAAAUCAACUAAGAGGGCCAAUUCCACAGGAACUUUGUAAUCUUCAGAAGCUAGAAACAUUGAACCUGGGUGACAAUCUUCUUCAAGGUCCAAUUCCCUCAGCUUUGGGUUGUUUAAGCCAACUGAUAAUUUUGAACCUUAGUAUGAAUAAUAUCAGUGGCCCCAUUCCUCCACAUAUAGAAUAUCUGAAGAACCUAGAACAACUUGACCUUAAUCAUAACCAGAUUUCUGGGGUCAUUCACCUUGAAUUCAGAAACUUGUCGAGACUCUCUUACCUUGAUUUUUCAUCAAACCGUUUGUCCGGGAAUGUAUCCUUUCAGUAUCCAAGCUACCACAGAGAAAGUCAACCAGAAAUAGAAAAACAUGGAGAUGUGUGCUCCGUAUUAAAUUAUGAUGGGACACUUGCAUUCGAAGACUUCAUCAAGGCAACAGAGGACUUCGACCUCAAAUAUUGCAUUGGAACCGGUGGCUAUGGAAGUGUUUAUGAAGCGAAACUGCCUAACGGUAAAACAUUUGCUUUGAAGAAACUCCAUCGGUUUGAAGCCAAGCAACCAGCAUUUGACAAGAGUUUCAAGAACGAGAUUGAAGUUCUAACCAACCUAAGGCACAAAAACAUUGUGAAACUCUAUGGUUUUUGUUUGCAUAACCAAUGCAACUUCCUUGUAUACGAAUACAUGGAAAAAGGGAGCCUAUUUUGCGCAUUGAGUGACAAUAAAUUCGCUGUCAUGUUGGAUUGGAAGACGAGGGUAAACAUUAUCAAACACGUAGCCCAUGAUUUUUCUUACAUGCAUCAUUGUUAG